CACCACCGCAGCAGCAUGUCUCAGCCAGUGGCGGCUCCACUGGGGCCCAACGGCUCGUGGCCAACGGAGGGGUCUGGGAUUCAGCUGCAAUGGGCUGCCCUACUCAUUGUCAUGGUCAUCAUCCCUACUAUUGGAGGAAACAUCCUGGUCAUCCUUGCAGUGUCCCUGGAGAGAAAGCUGCAGAAUGCAACCAACUAUUUCCUGAUGUCGCUGGCGGUGGCCGAUCUGCUGGUAGGACUACUGGUGAUGCCCAUCGCCCUAAUCACUGUUCUCUACAAUUCUGGGUGGCCUCUUCCGGAGUUCCUCUGCCCUAUUUGGCUCUUCCUGGAUGUGCUGUUCUCAACUGCAUCCAUCAUGCACCUGUGUGCCAUUUCACUGGACCGCUACAUUGCCAUCAAGAAGCCUAUCCAACACAGCCAGUACAAGUCCAGGGCCAAAGCCAUGAUCAAGAUAGCACUGGUGUGGUUCAUAUCAAUUUGUAUAGCAAUCCCAAUUCCCAUCAAGGGUCUGAGGAAUUAUCAUCUUCCCAACAACAUCACUUUCAACAGCAAUCAUACCUGCCUGCUGAAAACAGACAGCUUUCGGGAGUUUAUCAUGUUUGGCUCCUUGGCAGCAUUCUUCAUCCCUUUGACCAUCAUGAUGGUCAUCUACCUGCUCACCAUCCAGGCAUUACGCAAAAAGGUGUAUUUACUCAGGUCGAAGGUGACUCAACGCUUCACCUGCCCUACAGUCUCCACAGUCUUUCAAAGGGAACAGACUGUAGACCAACCUCCAGACAAACUGACACCGCUGGAUAGCAGAUCUCCCAGGACACAAGGAAAUCCAAAUGCAGCCACAACGAACCCUUUUACGGGAGAUGACAGGCCCUUUCGCAGGAUGUCCACCAUGGGCAAGAAGUCAAUGCAAAACCUCAGCAAUGAACAGCGUGCCUCAAAGGUGCUAGGUAUAGUCUUCCUUCUGUUUGUAGUCAUGUGGUGCCCCUUCUUCAUUACCAAUAUCACGUCUGUGCUGUGCACAACAUGUGAUGUCAAUGUGAUUGCCCGUCUAAUGGAAAUCUUUGUUUGGGUGGGUUAUGUGUCAUCAGGUAUCAACCCACUGGUCUACACCCUUUUCAACAAAACCUUCCGUCAGGCAUUCACACGUUAUAUCACCUGUAAUUACAACUGCAGUGCUAGUCACGGGCAAGGGAGACACUCAAGGGCACCAAAUGGAGGGCAGAGUCUAACACGGAUUUCUUUCCACUCUACCAUGGCAGAGAACUCAAAACUGUUCAUGAAGCGGGGCAUGAAGAACGGCAUUGGAACAGUGAGCUACCAAAGCCCUCUGAGGUGCCGGCAAGCACCCCUGCAGUCCACCGGAAGUGUUAUGCUAGACACACUGCUCCUUACUGAAAAUGAAGUCUGUAAGCAGGAGGAGCAUGUUAGUUAUGUGUAGCUCUGACAUAGAAAUUUAACCCAGUUAGGGAGAUCUUAAAAUAGGUCAUAUUUAUGGUGUAAAUUUUACAUCUCUUUAAGGCAGGCCAUAUUUAUAUUGUAAAUAUGGCCUGUUAAGAAUCAAGAAACUAAGAGUCCAAGCGGUAUGUUCCUAGUGUAUCUAGAGAUAGUCCAAUGUAAGGGGACUUGCGAGGACCAGAUGCGAGUUUUAAAACUGCCUAAAACAUUUAACUGUGAGGAAAAGUCCAACUGUGGCAGAAACACAGAAUGACACCCUCAAUGAAAGGUCAAAACUGGCAACGAUCAGAAUAAAAUGUCCUUAAAAAGACAACAUGACAGACAUGUAAGGAAUGAAGACAUAUGACCAUCUGGAAACUCUCGUGGAUAUAACAUAUAUUUCUAUGCUAAUUGUGUCACCUUGGGCUAUCUGAACUUCCUACAGCGCAGACUAUUUAAGGCCUUUUACUUUCAUUUCAUUAGGACAAACAAUACCUUUUAAUCUUUUCCGCAACACACACAAAGCAUUGCACUCUUAAAACGACAGCCACUGUAAUUGCACAACUUUUGAGAAGUGCUUUUAUAUGUGUAUUACAGCAUGAAUGCUGAAAUGUCAAAGGUCAGUUUAAAAAAAAAAUACUACAGUAUUCAAGUGAGAAACUGUCAAUGCAAGAAAGAUGAAAUCUGGGGCAAAUGGUGAGCUAAACAUGUUCAAUAAAAAUUUCUGUGCUGCUGCACUUUAGGCUUGGCAAAAAGAAAACUGCACUAAAUAUGGUUAUUUUAUGCUUCCUAUUACAUAGUUCCCACAAAAUGCUUGAUAUGGCUCUUUUGCUAUCAUUUGGAGUCAUUUUCCUUUCAUUUUCCUGUAUAUAAUGUGCCGCUGCUUCAGUUUGAUUAGUGAAUCAUCAUAAUGUCUUUUCGAUGAACUAGAAGUCACCAGGCAACAUUAAACUGGAGAG